GUCAACGUGAAACUGUUCAAACUAGUUGUACAACCUUACACCUUCAUACCAUCCUGAACUGGCCAUGGUGUACCACUCAAGGCACAACGGCAGCAAUGCUCAAUGUGUCUGUGGUUGCCCCUUGGUGCCUUUGAAGAGCGUGCGGUAUCGAGGACCUGCUCCGAGCGCUGCCUCGGUGGGCUUGGAUGAUGAGUUCAUGGACCUGGUGGAUGAGGCCAUCAGGAGCUUCAGAUGGAACAUUCUCUUCAAGAACUUUGAGGUUCUGGGUGACGCUGACCGCGUUCUUGUGUACCUGACUCUCUGGAUUCAGAAGUGCUUGUCCGUGGCGUCGCAGGCCAGUGGCGUGGAGGAAGCAACUCGAACUUUGGAGGUUUUAGCAGCUUCAGACCUCCCUGGACCGGGCGAUGCUGGCUUCCUCCUGAACAGCUUCUUCAAAGCAGGGCCGCCGCAGGAUUGCCAAAUUGCGAAGGCUACCUGGCAGUUUUUUCUGGCGUAGGAGACUGCUUAUCGGUUCUUGAAGAUCCUGUAUCCAUCGGGGCAGCUGAACAAGUGGUGGAUCCAGUUCUCCAAGAAAAAGUUUCUGAACAUGGCGUUGUGACAUCCUGCAAUAAUAAACACGCACAGACAGCAGAGAUGCAGCGAAUCAAGUGCGGAAAAGAGAUGUGCAUCUCUAGAGCUUGGGAGAAAAUUACAAAAUACCAAGCUCAUGGACAGUUAUUAAUAAGAGUGCUAGACUUUUCAGCGCUUGUGACACCGUGUUUUCC